AUGGAUGGCCUUACAGAGCUAAGAGAGCUCCAUCUGGUCGGCUUUGGAGUUAGAGCUGCUCUUCCCCCUAGAAUGUUGUCGGGAGGUUGGCGAGCUUAUUCUGCCUGUGAACAUAUUUUAUCUAACUCUUCAGUUGAGACCUACCUGUCUGACCUUAUUGGAGGCAUAUGCACUGCCAGCAUAUUUCGAAACCUCAUAAGGGCACGCAAACUUCUCUUCUUCACGGACAUCCUCUAUACGGGUUUCCAUACAGGAGUAAAAACGCAACUACUAGAGAAGCAAGGUCAUACUUCUCAGAAUCAUUUCUGUAGUGUGUUUUUCUUCGCUGUUAGCGAAAAUGCGAGGGAGCGCGACCGCGAUGAUGUGGCAUGGCGUCACCUCCAGAGCGGGUUGAAGUCUCUUGUCCUUACUUUCAGGGUCUUGGAUGCUAUGCUUGAUGACUGCAGGAAGAACCCUGAAGAGGUACACCGUGAAGGUAAUGAAGGAAACACUGUCAACAAGAAUGCAGUUAAUGUUGUUCAAAAUCUUGCGCUCAUUGUAAUCGACAGUAUUGGUGCAGCAUUAGCAUUCACAGCUUGGGGAUAUUCCGAAGGAGGUCGACGAAUCCAGGAUGAAAUUAUCGCUAUGCUUCGUUAUAUGACACAUCGUGGUUGUGCCAUCGUAACAACCAAUCAUUUUGUCUACUGGCGUGGGAAGCCAUCUCCAUCACUUGGUAAACGCUGGAUUCAAGCGGUUGAUUUCAGAUAUUUGUUAUUCAAAUUAUCAGGAUCUAACUGCUAUAUUCAACUGAUCAAUUCCAAAUAUUUUAAGGUUCAUUACCUUUAA